GUGAUCUUGAAUCCGUUGACUAUAGCUCAUGAAACCGAGUCGAAUGAGGAGACGCAGCAGUGUGCACCGAAAUGACGACAGUAGGGUUCAGGAUAAGUCAGAGCGUUAAUACUUUGCUGCCUACGCACGCGUCGUGACCUUGGCAGCUAAAUCGACUUCAAAAGUGAUCACCUUUCGCAUUUGUAAUAAUGCAUCAACAUUCGGGACUGAUUUCUUCACGUGUUUGUACGGUGUAUAGUGACUACAAAUCAUGUUGCGGAUCAAAUCCUUGCAGUUGUGUGCAGUUUUGUUCCAUCAUUGCCUUUUAUGUUGUCCUUCUGCUUAAUCGGUUAUCAUGAAUUUACGUACCAGGCUAAUUAUACCGAUUUUUAUUUCAGCCGGAGUUACACCAUGCCUCUUUUUCAAAGACGUUUUUCUGUUCCAAAGUUUCCUCCCCGUAAAGCUGCGAGCAUGACCAACUUAUCGCAGUUGGAAUCCUCCAGCAGAAGUCAAGAAUUCGGCAUUGACCUUGGACCUGUUAGAACUAGACUGAGUGGGCGCGACCUCGUGUUUCGCAACGGCACCUGGGUUAUAGAGGGUGGCGUUGAAAUGGCCGGUUCUUCGCAACUUGGACGAGAAUCCUUUCACAUCAAAAAGGAAAAUCAUCAGCUUGUUGAAGAAAAUAACCUCCUGAGGCUAAAAGUGGAUAUUUUGUUAGAUAUGGUGGGUUGCCUUACAAUUAAACGAUUCUGUUCGGUAUUUCCAUCUAUUACUCUGGAGCAGACUCCGAUAACUUCCCCCGAUUUGUUUGUCGCUCCGUUUGCUCUUCUGAUAUGA